CGUUGGCUCCUCCCUCUCCAAGAUGGCGUCCCUGCUGCAGUCGGAGCGGGUUCUCUACCUAGUCCAGGGAGAAAAGAAGGUUCGGGCCCCGCUCUCGCAGCUUUACUUCUGUCGCUAUUGCAGCGAGCUGCGAUCGCUGGAAUGUGUGUCUCACGAGGUGGACUCUCAUUAUUGUCCCAGUUGUUUAGAAAAUAUGCCAUCGGCUGAAGCCAAACUAAAAAAAAAUAGGUGCGCCAACUGCUUCGACUGUCCCGGCUGCAUGCACACCCUCUCCACGCGGGCAACGAGCAUCUCCACCCAGCUCCCAGAUGACCCGGCCAAGACCGCCGUCAAGAAAGCCUAUUAUCUGGCCUGUGGAUUCUGUCGCUGGACAUCCAGAGAUGUGGGCAUGGCAGACAAAUCUGUGGCUAGUGGUGGUUGGCAGGAACCUGACCAUCCUCACACGCAGCGGAUGAACAAACUGAUUGAAUAUUACCAGCAGCUUGCUCAGAAGGAGAAGGUUGAACGAGAUCGCAAGAAGCUGGCGCGGCGUAGAAACUACAUGCCUUUGGCUUUCUCGGACAAAUACGGUCUUGGAACCAGACUUCAGCGACCACGAGCUGGCACAACCAUCACUGCCCUUGCCGGACUUUCCCUUAAAGAAGGAGAGGACCAGAAGGAGAUAAAGAUUGAGCCAGCUCAGGCUGUGGAUGAAGUGGAACCUCUGCCUGAAGACUAUUACACGAGACCAGUCAACCUAACAGAGGUGACCACCCUUCAGCAGCGCCUCUUGCAGCCUGACUUCCAGCCCAUCUGUGCCUCCCAGCUCUAUCCUCGGCACAAGCAUCUUCUGAUCAAACGGUCCCUGCGCUGCAGGCAAUGUGAACAUAAUUUGAGCAAGCCAGAAUUUAAUCCAACAUCUAUCAAAUUCAAAAUCCAGCUGGUUGCUGUCAACUACAUCCCAGAAGUGAGAAUCAUGUCCAUCCCCAACCUCCGCUACAUGAAGGAGAGCCAGGUCCUCCUGACUCUGACGAACCCGGUGGAGAACCUCACCCAUGUGACGCUGCUGGAGUGUGAGGAGGGGGACCCCGACGACACCAACAGCACCGCUAAGGUCUCGGUGCCCCCCACGGAGCUCGUCCUCGCCGGCAAGGACGCGGCAGCGGAGUACGACGAGUUGGCAGAGCCCCAGGACUUUCCGGACGAUCCUGACGUGGUGGCCUUCAGGAAGGCCAACAAAGUGGGUGUUUUCAUCAAAGUGACCCCGCAGCGUGAGGAGGGCGACGUGACCGUGUGCUUCAAGCUGAAGCACGAUUUCAAAAACCUGGCGGCGCCCAUCCGCCCCGUCGAGGAGGCUGACCCGGGGGCGGAGGUCAGCUGGCUCACGCAGCACGUGGAACUCAGCUUGGGGCCGCUUCUCCCUUGACGCGGUCCGGCCCCCGGGGGCAGCUCCCGAGGCCCGUGUCACCACGCCCCGCGUCACCAUAUGGAAGCCGCUGCUGCGUCGGGCCUUGUUCGUCCAGAUGUGUCCCCGUGCACGACGGAAUCCUGCUCCUGCGAGCCUCGGGCGGAGGCAGGGCGUUGGGAACUCGGGGCGCCUGCCGGUCUCGGCCCCCUCCCGCCUGACACCCGCGCUGCGGCGGCGGCGGCAUCUCCCGCUCUGAACCCCCUGCACGCCGACCGCCGCCGCGGAUCCCAGCCCGGGAAGGGGCGUGGCGUUAGAUUGACCCCCGUGGGAACGGGUGUCAGGAAGGAUCAGGCUCGCAGGUGACACGUAGAAGAACCGAAAGGUAGACCUGCCCUCGGUGACCCCCGUGCUGGUCUCAGGACACCAGCGGCUUUUUGCAUCCUAGUCGAUAUAGUCCAGCGCUCUGAACCUGCCCUUCGCUGCCCAGCCUGGCUCCCGUCCUGCCCUGCAUUUCCAUUCGCCAGGAAGGUAGACCUGGCCCGGUGUCCUGCAUUUGGUUAUGACAGGAACCUCUGUGAAAUAGGCAAGGCGCCCCCAUUUGAACGAAUAUAGGCUACGCACGUAGAGUUGCUCAUGGCAUUUUUUUUCCCCAGUAGAACAUGGAACUUUUAGGAAGAGCUUGAGAAGCAAGCAAUUACGUGACAUGUCAAGGGGGUGGCAGACUCUGCUCAGCCAGGGGUUGCCACUGCCCCCUUCUCCCCCGCUCCGCCUCUUUAAGUCGUGCUGAGGAUUUGGGACCCUGGAAAGAGCCCAGAGAAAUCUCGGCCGACACGCUCACCUCUGGGAUGCAGAAGACGUGCCAGGGGUUAGAUUUUUAGCAUGAUCUGAACGAGCGUUCUUGCAUUGAUUCGAAGGGAAAAUGAACAUUUACAGUCUCUUGAAUCCAAAACAGGACAUCGAGGGGGGGAAAAAACCCUUGCCCCUUUCCCGAGUGUAAGACUUCUGCCCUGUGGUGUGUCAACUAAGGUGGUUACAACCAUAAAGCGAAAACUAGUUCAGCAGGGCGCCUGGGGUACUUGCCCGACAGCACUCUUGCUGCUUUCACUUGGUUUCCUGGAGUUGGAUCGCUAACCAUAAUUUCUGUGGUGUUUCCUAAACGUGAGACUUGACAAAGCAGACCACCGGCUGACUCCUUUUGCUGUAAAUGUAUUAGCAAGUGGCCCACAGAAGUUUGGGGAAAAGAGAAGUUUCCUGUUGAUCCUGGUUAUGUUUGAAGUUCAAGCCCUUAGUCUUAAGAGUUACGAUGUAUAUAGUGAUCUAGAAUACAGACAGGAUGUGGUAGCUUGUCAGCUGCCCUUGGAAGGUGAAAAUCUCUAGGAAGCCUUUCAGUGACACUAAAUAGGAUUCUUAAGACGAAGCCAGUACAAUGUCCCACAGAGUAAUAUAUAUGCUGCAGUGUAAGAAAGGAAACAUGUGGGUCUCUAGUAUGUGACGGUAAUAAGGUCUAGACUCUUAGGAUGUGGGGCAAGGGGUCGUGUAAUGACAAAUUUGCAGACCGUAGAAGUAGUUUAGCGUUUCGUGAGCCCACAGAGUGUCAAAAUAGUGUUUAUUUCACUGCCCGCGCGAGCCUGCUCUGGGGCCGUCCCUCCGCGUUUGCCGGUGGAGGAGCUGGGCGUCUGAGGGGAGCACAGCAUCCUGUGUUCUCACACGUGCGUGGCACGUAGCUGGUGUUUCUUCCCAGAAGUAGUAGCGUGACUCAGAAACAAAAUGACUGCUGAUCACAGAAUGUUUUUCCUCAGAAGCCGAAUUAACCAGCAGGAUCACAGAGCCAUUGAUGUAGUGUUUCCUCAAGAUAGUUCUCGGUGCAAGCGGGUGAUUCCUUGUGUCAGUAGAAAUGGUCCUGCACCUGCAGCUGGUGAACUGGGAACUUUAUUUGUUCCCUUUUAUCUUAGAUCAGGUGCAAGAUUUUUACCACAUAGCUGUGCACCAUCGCAGGCCAGUUAGCUGCCCUUAGCACUAGAAACCACCGUGUCGGGAACUUGAGGCAAAGUGAGUCUGAAUUUGUGAUCGAUGAGCCCACCGGAGUGUUCCUUUGUUCACAGUGCUUGUGGGCAUAAUGAGCAAAGUGCCACGCACAUUUGCGGAAGAAACAUCCUUUUUGGUCCCUUUUGGGGAUGAGAGGCACCUCUUGAUGAUGAGUGACACGUACUCUCUUGCCUCAUUGCUUAACUUAACGGCGUUCAAUAAAGCAGACCAAGCUUG